AGAAGCCCCUUAGCCUGGCUCCUCCCUCUCUUUUAUCUUUAUAACAGCGUUGAAUGCCUGUGGGUGUUCAGUGUUCUGGCAGUUUCAUUGUGCCUGUUCAGCGCGUUGCUUCUGCUAGUACCCAGUCAGACAAACGGAAUAGGAGAGGCUAAAGGAAUUGCUGAAAUUUCCUUUAGAGAGUAGAUAUUUCGGCUCCAAUGGACAAAGGUCUUCACUUCGUGUUCUGUGUGGUUACAACCUUGCUGCUCCUGAGAGAAUCAAGCCAGACAGGAACUACAAGAAAUGAUGAUGCUACGAGUAAGGGCAUUGGCUCAAGGGGAUCAGAAGAGGGUCUUCCAACUUUGACUGUCACAACAAUCCUGGAAGAUCCUUAUGUCAUGGUGAGAAGUGCAGAACUGGAGGGAUACUGCAUUGACUUGCUGAAAGCACUUGCUGCAAUGCUUCACUUCAGCUACAAGGUGAAGGUGGUGGGCGAUGGGCAGUAUGGCGCCGUCUCUUCCAAUGGGAACUGGACAGGGAUGAUUGGCGAAAUUUUGAGACGGGAAGCAGACAUUGCAGUGGCUCCAUUGACAGUCACGUCAGCAAGGGAAGAGGUGGUCUCCUUCACCACACCGUUCCUGCAGACUGGCAUUGGAAUCUUGCUUCGAAAAGACACUGACUCUCAGGACGUGUCCUUCUUCCACUUCCUGGCUCCUUUCAGUAAGGAGACCUGGACUGGCCUUUUAUUUGCUUAUGUGCUGACGUGCUUCUGCCUCUUUCUUGUUGCCAGACUGAGCCCCUGUGAAUGGAAUGAGCCAAAGAAUGAAGAGAACCACUUUACCUUCUUAAACAGCCUCUGGUUUGGAGCAGGAGCACUUGCCCUGCAAGGUGUCACCCCUCGGCCCAAAGCACUCUCUGUGCGGGUCAUCGCUGCCGUCUGGUGGCUGUUCACCAUCGCCUUGCUGGCUGCCUACAUCGCCAACUUCACCGCUCUGCUGACCUCUGGCACUGAGCAGCUCCCAAUCCAGACUUUUGAAGACCUGGUGAAGCAAAGAAAGGUUGAGUUUGGGACACUGGAUGGUUCCUCUACUUUCUACUUCUUCAAGAACUCCAAGAAUCCUAUCCAUCAGAUGAUCUAUGAAUAUAUGGACAAGAGACGAGACCACGUUUUAGUCAAAACCUACCAGGAAGCAGUUCAACGUGUGAUGGAAUCAAACUAUGCCUUCAUUGGUGAAUCAAUCUCUCAAGACCUCGCAGCUGCCAGGCACUGCAAUUUGAUGAGGGCCCCUGAAGUUAUCGGAGCCAGAGGAUUUGGCAUUGCCACAACCCACGCAUCCCUGUGGACCAAGAAGCUCUCCAUUGCUGUUCUCAAACUGCGUGAAUCAGGUGAUCUCGACUACUUGCGUAACAAGUGGUGGGAGACCAGUUGCCUUCAAAAAAGUAGAGACAGAUGGAGUCCUCUGCAGCCCCAGGCUCUGGGUGGGCUCUUUCUUACUCUUGCAAUCGGCCUUGCAUUGGGAGUGAUUGCAGCCGUGGUGGAGCUCUCAAAUAGGAGCAGGCACGCUGCUGGACACGCAAAGAAAUCUUGUUGCUCCGUUUUCACAGAAGAAAUGUGCACUCGUCUACGUAUAAAAGAAAAUACAAGACAAAGCCAGGAGACUUCAGGGAGGGCUAAUGCUUAAGAAAUUUUUGCUUAAGGAAUGGGCCUGUGUUAGGUUUAUACCAUAUGUAUUUCAUAGGAACUACAUCAGUGUAGAAAGAUGUUUUUCUGCAAGUCUAGAGCAUUAGUUUUCUAAUUACAGAAUCGCACAGAGAGCACUUCUGGAUUGGUGGAGGAGCUGGAUUCAGAAGAAAAUUAAGUGGCUUGGAGGAAUUUCAGCUGAUAAGGGAUAGAGUGUAGCUGUUAAAAAUAAGGGAGGUUAAUAACUUGGAAAAAUAAAGUUGAGAUGACCAAGGUGGUGGAUCCAUAUGUAGUUUAGAAGUUUACUGUGUAAGUACCUGACGCCUGUAGGAGUAAGUGACUUGGGAUAGGUUAGUAUGGAGCCUCUGCUUACUAACUACAGUCUGAGGGACAACCUGGAAAACGAAAGCUCUCCUCUGGCUGUUCUAAUCAAGAACAAGUGCUGCUUAGACAUUUCAGUUAUAAAUAGACUGUACUCUUCCCCUCUUCUAAGCAGGGGAUGCUGGUCACUGUGAAGGUCAUUUCUGAAUCAGAAACGACAGUACUGUUGCAUAAACCCCAACAACGCAGGACGACUUAACCGCAUGCUCUGCAGCGGCCUAGACCCCAAGGAAGGGACACCACGCGACGAAGGAAUUACUAGACUUCAGAAACGGACUUGUCCUUUGUCAGCUUCCCGUCAUAGGAUACGUUUCCCUGUUUAGCCACAGAGGAUGCUUUGUCCUGGUUAACCUGAUCAAGUAGUAUUUAGGAAGAGGACUGACAGCUGAAAUCCAACAGUCCUAGAGCGUGAGGCUUGGUAAUCAGGCAAUUAAAGCAAAGUACACGUUCGCCAGGUGGGGGUGAGGCAGUGAGUAGUAGUGGGUACUGUGCAUUAUUCUCUUGCUCUGAAAUUCAUGGGAACGGUUACCUCAGUUGUAUAUGGGACAAUUUUCUAAUUAAGCUGUUUUUCAUUCCUGAGCUGGAAUGACUGAUGCAUGCGCAUGCUGGUUUGCAAAUUCAUGGUUAAAUCUCUCCAUUUAUGUACUGCACAUCUGAUGGAGGGGGAAAAUAACAAAUUCGGUUACUUGGAAAUGGCUUUAACUGCACAGCAUGAACAAAGAGACUAAUUCUUAUCAGUCCCAGCAUUAAAUAACUGAAGGCAACAGAAACUAACAUGCCUAUGACAGGACGAUGGCCGGCUGUUCCUGAAUAAAGCAGUGCACGUUCAUGUCGAGGGUAACUUGGUGAGACUCAGCUUCCAACUACUGCUAAGUCGUUCAGUACAGGUGCAGAACUCCCCUCCCACCCAGUUGUUAACAAGAAUGAACAGUGAAAGCACUGCGAGUUACAAGUUUGUCCAACUGUUGGUAAACUAGUGACGUUCAGUUAUCUGCUACGUGCUCACAGAUCACGACAGUUGUAGUUUAAAUACAGCUUAUGCGAGGUUUGUUAGGUUAGAAGGCGGAUUGGUCCGUCAAUCAAAUUAACUGCAAAGAGCAUGAAACAUUUUAGCCAAGUUUAAAAGCUGACAUGGAAAAUGCAAUGUCAGAUUCACUCAGCACUUUAAAAUCUAUUUGGUAUGUGCCAUGUCGUUGCUGGCAGAAUAGGCAGAGAUGUAUAAAAAAAAGGUUUCAUUGACAUUUAAAUAUAUUUCUAUAUGAAUGUCUCACAGAACAAAAAAAUAAAGUCUUUUCAUCACAAAUACUGCAGCAUUAAAAUAAACACUUACCAAAAUAAACAA